CAAAAAGUUCCAGAUCUUCUUCAAUUUAAGAUAAACGUCUGAACUUGAGCUUGCCAAGAAACCAGUGCAGACCCUCCACCCUCCGUGUGGUAUUACUCUUCUCAUCCAUUAUCCUUCUAAAAUAGACAUUUUGAGACAAUUUAGUGAUGUGCCAUUUCCAUCCUGUCAAGGUUCCUUGGGUUUGACAUUCAAAAAGGGGCUGGAGGCGCGGAACCCGAGGCACUCCGCGGACAGCGUCCUUUAAAGCCGCCGCCAGCCAGCGCCGCUGUAACCCCGCGUACCGGCAGGUCGCCGGCUCCUGCCCCUUUCAGUCUGCGCCGACGCGGCGGCCGGAUCCCGGGGACUCCCCGCGCCGGGAAUCUCCCGCCAGCUGCGAGCUGUGUCCCGGCGACGGCAGGAGCACGUGGAGAGGCCGGGUAGCCAAAGCAGCAGCUCCAGCCCGGCCCAGCAGCGACAUGGAAGAUAUACAAACAAAUAUAGAACUGAAAAGCACUCAGGAGCAGUCUGUGCCCACAGAAAGUCCAGCAGUUUUGAAUGACUACAGUUUAACACAAUCUCAUGAAAUGGAAAAUGUGGACAGUACAGAAGGCCCAGUCAAUGAAGACGAAGACAUAGGAGAUGAUUCAAUGAAAGUGAAAGAUGAAUACAGUGAAAGAGAUGAGAAUGUUUUAAAGCCAGAGCCCACGGGAAAUGCAGAAGAGCCUGAAAUCCCUUAUAGCUAUUCAAGAGAAUAUAAUGAAUAUGAAAACAUUAAGUUGGAGAGACAUGUUGUCUCAUUCGAUAGUAGCAGGCCAACCAGUGGAAAGAUGAACUGCGAUGUAUGUGGAUUAUCCUGCAUCAGCUUCAAUGUCUUAAUGGUUCAUAAGCGAAGCCAUACUGGUGAACGCCCAUUCCAAUGUAAUCAGUGUGGGGCAUCUUUUACUCAGAAAGGUAACCUCCUCCGCCACAUUAAACUGCACACAGGGGAAAAACCUUUUAAGUGUCACCUCUGCAACUAUGCAUGCCAAAGAAGAGAUGCGCUCACUGGGCAUCUUAGGACACAUUCUGUGGAGAAACCCUACAAAUGUGAGUUUUGUGGAAGGAGUUACAAGCAGAGAAGUUCCCUUGAGGAGCACAAGGAGCGCUGCCGUACAUUUCUUCAGAGCACUGACCCAGGGGACACUGCAAGUGCGGAGGCAAGACACAUCAAAGCAGAGAUGGGAAGUGAAAGAGCUCUCGUUCUGGACAGAUUAGCAAGCAAUGUGGCAAAACGAAAAAGCUCAAUGCCUCAGAAAUUCAUUGGUGAGAAGCGCCACUGCUUUGAUGUCAACUAUAAUUCGAGCUAUAUGUAUGAGAAAGAGAAUGAGAUCAUACAGACCCGCAUGAUGGACCAAGCCAUCAAUAACGCCAUCAGCUAUCUCGGUGCCGAAGCCCUGCGCCCCUUGGUCCAGACACCGCCUGCUCCCACCUCCGAGAUGGUUCCAGUUAUUAGCAGCAUGUAUCCCAUAGCCCUCACCCGGGCUGAGAUGCCAAACGGUGCCCCUCAGGAGCUGGAAAAGAAAAGCAUCCACCUUCCAGAGAAGAGUGUGCCUUCAGAGAGAGGCCUCUCCCCCAACAAUAGUGGCCACGACUCCACAGAUACUGACAGCAUCAAUGAAGAACGCCAGAAUCACAUAUAUCAGCAAAAUCACAUGGUCCUUCCUCGGGCCCGCAACGGGAUGCCACUUCUGAAGGAGGCCACCCGCUCUUAUGAACUCCUCAAGCCCCCGCCCAUCUGCCCAAGAGACUCCAUCAAAGUGAUCAACAAAGAAGGGGAGGUGAUGGAUGUGUAUCGGUGUGACCACUGUCGCAUCCUCUUCCUGGACUAUGUGAUGUUCACCAUUCACAUGGGCUGCCACGGCUUCCGUGACCCUUUCGAGUGUAACAUGUGUGGAUAUCGAAGCCAUGAUCGGUAUGAGUUCUCGUCUCACAUAGCCAGAGGAGAACACAGAGCCCUGCUGAAGUGAAUAUCCGGUCUCAGAGAAUGCCCCUAAGUGUUCGAUAUCAUUUCUAAAAAUCGAUAACCUCACCUAACAGAUUGCUCUCAAAACAUACUCACUUCCAGACUCCUUUUCAUACCAUUUUUAGCUGUGUUCACAUGGGGAGCCAGAGAUACACUGUCUUCCUUCAGAAAUUAUUCACAGAGCCAGCAUAUUAUUUACUUUUGUGAAACCUUUGUUUUCCCAUCAGGGACUUGAAUUUUAUGGAAUUUAAAAGCCAAAAGGUAUUUGGUCAUUGUCUUCUACAGCAAUAGAACGAGCGGUCCCGGAGAUGUGCUACAUGAGACAUUCUUUCCAAGAUAUAUCAACCAUAUAUGGAAAAGCCUUUCAGUCAUAUGUGCAAAUCCCCAAAGAGGAAGAGCUGACCAGCUGACCUUGCUGGGAGCCUCACCCUUCUGUACUUCUUCAUGGGCUGAAGGGUUAGGAUAUAAUCUCCCUUAUCUAAAUGAUAGGCUAAGAGUAAGAAAAAGAACGGCCAUAAACUAAGUAUCUGUUAUGAGUUAACUGAAGACCCCAUUCUCCAAGCAUCAGAUUCAUUUCCUAUCACAACCUUUUUUUAAAAUGUCAUCUAAUGGCACUUCUGCUUCUACCCUUUACCCUCCCAUCUCCAGUGAAAAGCUGAGCUGCUUUGGGCUAAACCAAUUGUCUACAGGAGAAAAUCUAUGCCAGAAGAACUGAUGGUUUUAAAUAUAGACCAUCAUUGAAACUCCGGAAGGUUGUCCACUGUGGAUAAUGGCAUCCCUUUCCGUUGGUCAAGGUUGGAAGAGCAAGGGUAUGAUAAAGGGGGAAAUGGUUUGGCAGCACCAAUAGAAAAAAAAACAGCUACCUGAAAGUUCCUGAAAGAGUUCAUGGAGAAUUGGUAAUACAGACCCAAAGCCAAUUUGCCAAUGAUUUUUUUCCAUUAAAAAA